AUGGAUAGCUCGAAUCAAAGAAAACGACAGCUGGAGGAUGACGACCCGGAGACCGACACUUCGAAAAAGCCGAUGACUGUGAAAGACGAGCCAACAGAUAGUUUUGAGAAAGGAGACUUUCCAGCGACGACAUCUGCAACAAUAUCUGCGACUCCGAUUCUCGAUUCGAUCAUAGCGACACCACCGGUUCCGCCUCCGCCGAAGAAUGCUAGUAUGUCGUCGAAUCCACCAAUCAGUUAUCUGACUCUUUUUGCUGCCUUCCGUCAAUUCCUCAAUGGUUACAUGCAAGCCGGUGGUGAUAUCAACUAUGCGAAUGCUCUCGCCACUUGUACCGCAGCUCUUCCAAUGCCACCAAACCCUCUCAAACCAAUGAUUGCUUUGGUUCCACUCACUGUUCCGUCUGCUCCGACUUCAUUGGUUUCUUCUGAAGAUUCUGCUGCUCAGAAGCCCAGUCCACCACCUAAAAAGGCUGGUGAUUCAGAGCCAGGGACUUCGGAGACAUCCGCAACUUCAGCAACUUCAGCAACUAUGCCUACUUUGAGUGCCGCAUUGGGAGAGGACAAAGAAAAACAAGCCGAGAAGUCUUCUGAUGCUGUCCCGGCAACCGCGACUAUUCCAGACAUAAAGCCACAUAUUUUCCCGUUGCUUCCACCUUUUCCAAUGAUUCCGAUGCUUCCAGCUCCAAAACCGCAAGUCCCUGAAUCUUCUACAGAGAUUCAACGCCUCCGCGAAGCUGCUUUUGGCAGAUAUAAGAACGUUUUGUGUGUUAUUUGCAAUGAAUGGAUUUGUUCCAGAAAUCGCAAAAAUCACAUCGAAGCUCAUCUGAACUAUCGUCCCUACAAGUGCUCCGCAUGCAGCUAUGCGAGACGUCGUGAGAUUUUCGUCAUCCAGCACAUGAAAACUCAACACAAGGGGCAGAAAGCAGAAAUGCAGAGCUCUGUUGAUCUACACAUUGCCAUGGAAGUCGAUCGUCUUGCUGACGAAUGCGUUGCACGUACCAGAAAACUCAUAGAGAGCAUGCAAGAGAAAAAGGACGGAGACUUUGGAGAAAACAAGGAUUUCGACGAAAAAGCUCUGGAGCUCAUGCUUAAAGAAGAGAAGGAGAAGAAGGUUGUCCGCAUUGAAUCCGUCGCUGCGAUUCGUCCAAAAGUGGCCAACUACCAUCGGAAACAACGCACCCAGGUUCUUAAAAAGAUCUACGAUACUGACGCAGCAAAACAAGCUGAAUUGAAGAUUGUAAAAGAAGAGGAAGACGGCGAAGAACCAGCGCCAUCCAUUAAACUAGACGACGGCUUUGAAAUCAACUUGGACGACUUGAUGAAAAUGGUGGAGGCAGCAGGGGGAAGUCAGGAAUCGCAGGGAAGUGAGUCGAAUAAGGAUGAAUCAAGUCAAUCUGCUCCAACAACCCAAAAUGAUGCAGAGGAGAAGGAGUCAACGCCAAUCGAGCCAACACCAAUCGAGUCAUAA